AUGAAGUCCCUUCAAUCUUUGGUCAUCCUCUGGUGCAUUUUACUCGGCGCUAUCGGGUCCCCAGUAUCGAUAAACAACCAUAUCAAUGGUAAAAGAGGGCUUGAGGUUAAAGGAAAUGAGAUAAUCUUGGUCAACACAAAUACUGGUGCCACGAAGAAGAUCGCCACUGUCAGUGAAGAUAAUCAGAAAUGGAUCACCAAACACACAGAAAAGAUGAAAAAAAGGAACAUACCGUUCAUCUCCGCGGUUACUGCAUACUAUGACUAUAUGCCCUUAGGGGAUGGUAACAAGCCUGAAACAAUUGCUGAAAUUCAUUUCUGGCCGCCUAAGGCUGAUGAUAAGAAGCAGCAAGAGAUCAUGAAAAAAAAGCUUGACGCAGCGAAAGUCGCGUUUAAGAAGACCGAUGCAUACAAGAAUUUGAAGAAAUAUAUCGAGGAGCUGAUGAAAACUACUGGAGUCACAAAGAUUGUCGGCCUAGGAUGUGGAUCCUUGAACGACUUUAAUCCUUUCUCUGAAAAGAUUCAAGAAGAACACCAUGCACGAUCUUACAUCCAACUAGCAGUCCUUCUCACGAUGCAGGAGGAAAUCAAUAGUGGACCUGAAGUCAUUUUACAAGACCCAACUUAUGGAGAAAACGAAAUCAAUUUUAUGACCAAAUAUAGCUCUAACGGUGGCAUUAAGGUAUUGAAUGACCCCGAUGCUUUCGACACUAUAGACAGAAAGACAAUAUUUUUUAACAUAGGAGGAUACGACGGAUUUUGGUAUCGCGUCAAUGAGGGUCCAACACCGGUCGCUAUAAUUUCUGGUGCUCUUAAUGUCCCCGUUGAGUGCAUGAUGAAGCCACAAGCUGAAUUGAUCGCAAAAUACACCAAACCUCAGCAAGUUGCACCUGUGGGUACGGAGGGGCUAUCCAUUCAAGAACCUACUAUUUUCUGGACGAGGGCGUCCAAAUAG